AAUAAUUUGUAUUGAAAAUAAAUUUUAUCAUAUGACUCUUUUCAGUGCCCAUCAUCCUAACCAGCUUUUUUCAGUGAAGUUAUGUUACGGUCGGAGAUAAGAUAUUUGUCCGUGAAUUCGAGUUAAGGAUAAUCGUUUUCUUUCACUGUUUGAUAAAAGUGCUAUAUCUAGUAUUUUCGGACAUUCUUCCGUUCAUUUUGUGUCAGUACCAAUAAUAUGAGGAUUGUAUUUCAGUCCUCUAAAGCUAUCAACAUAUGUCUUCUGUGAAGAUGUCAAAUUACUGGAUUUAAAAAGCGAAUACAAUGAAAAUGCAGCACUCAUCCACUAAAUGAAUGAAAAACGAUACCCGAAAACGCUUGACGCCACACUUAUCAAACACUAAGAAAUGGGUACUCUACAAAUUCAUAAAAGUGUAUCGUAACCUGAAAUACAUGUAAACAAUUGAAUAUUGUAGGUUCAUUCUGAAAUGAUUUCACUGUAAAAAUUACGUCUUAAGUCAGUAUUCAAGAAAACAGUUUUUAUAACCCGUCCAUGAUAUACAUAAUCUUUAUGGGCACAAAAUGCUUUCAGUUAUCAGGCAAGUGCUUCAAACAUUAUUCAAAACAAAGCAGAAACACGGUAGUGGUAGUGUGGGAAGUAAGUAUCAAAAUAUUGAUCUAUGAAUCGACGUUCCAUUGUAGUGGCUGGUACUAUACCAAGCUCACAUAGGUUAUUCUAGCUUCUGGACAGACCAGUUUAUUCAUUUUUCCCAAGCUACAUUUCGAUCUUUUCAAUUACUCACUUAUAACACCGAUCGUUUUUUGUAUGAUCGUAUAUGUGUUCAUUACUUACCCUAUUCAUUACAUGUUUGUAAUUUAUUUGCCUGAAUAUAAAUAUUGAGUCACGCUUGAUCAAAACAAGUUGGCUCACUCGCCUUCUCCACAUCAUUUCGCUUUCCAGUUUCAAAUGGCAUUCGCCGCUUCGCUUUCUCCACUUUGUUUCUUUGAUUGUCUCUCCAGAUGAGUGAGUACAUAAAAAAUACAUAUUCAAAAUUUAUUCUCGUGUUUGACUUAGUUCAUUCUGUUAUUCUCUAACGCGAAUUAAGUCGAUAAAAUAUAUGAGGGUAGCCGGGAUGUAUAUUUCGAUAACAAUCAGAAUACAGUUUAACUGGAGUCAGAAACUGGGCCACUAAACCAUCAUUGUUUUGUGAUUUUAAUGUAAUGGCUGAUUUUAAAGUUUAACUAAAAGGAUUGUGAAAUCUUUUAUUCUGCAUUAUGUCCUAACUUGUUCUACUUAUCGCUUUUUGGUAAAAUUAUUUAUAAGUCUCCACGUAUUUUAUUUUAGUAAAAAAAUAUAAAUAUAUAUAUAUUUAUCAUGGCUAAAGUCGGUCGAGGUUUGCAAAUACCACUUUCAUGGAUUCCAGGACGUGAUGGAUUUUGUCCAGCUGGUGCAGUUUCUGUUGAUAACAUAUGUGUAGCACGAAGUAAACACAAUGGGGAAUUAUUGCCUGGAAAAUUAGUACCGAUGAAUGGAAAAUGCUAUUGUCCUUAUGGUGGAGCAGAAUUAGAGUCUUACGAUUAUGAAGUAUUGUGUGAAAGUUUUAUUCCUGGUUCUUGCAAAGGAUAUCGUUGGGAAAGAGCAUUUGACGGUGAUGUUCCAAAAAAUGCAAUUGUUGCUGGAAUAGCUAAAGAUGGUGAACCAUUGUACAUUGUAAAAGGUGUUGUGAAUGAUGAAACAUGUUUUGGAAAGGUAAACAACUAUCUACAUAUUUCAUUGAGAUCGCAAAUCGAUGCAAGUCAAACUAACAUUGAAAACCUGGAAGCACUAUACGGACAUUUUGUCUUGUCAUGGAACUCCUCAAUAGUGAACAUCUGCAACCCCACAGCAAGGAAGAUGGUUACUCAAUAUCGUGAAUUGAUUAAAGUUGGACGUGAAAUUUAUCGAAUUCCUAUUCAAUAGUCUAGAAGUUGAACAUUCCCCCGACAAAUCGGAACCUAUGGGUUCGAUUCCCGGUUAUUGGGUCGUGAGUGAUCACUACUGAGGAAUCCCAUACGAGGGCGAAACGGCCGUACAGUACUUUCAGGUUUUCAAUAGUUGUCGAACUUAGAUCUCUUUGUGAUUUUAGUGAAAUUCAAUAAUCUCUAUAACCCCACACUUGUAACUGUAUGUCUUUUUUAAAUAAUUUUCAGAUACCAAAAUUGCCAGUCUAGAACUUGCUAGUUGUUAGGUUUCUGUUAACCAUUUUUGCUUAUUGUUGUGCUUCAAACUGAAAAAAAUACUAAAUAUUCAUGCUUUGCUUGAGUGUAGAAUCACGACAAAAGUCUACUUCUACUUUUAAAUUGAUACAUGGUUAUUAGAUAAGAAUAUUCAACUGAAAUUCUCAUAAGCUUCAGUUCUUCAGUUUUUUUUAAUUGAUGUAAUAAUAUGACACUACUGCACAGUGAUUACAGAUUUACUUAAUAUUUAAGGAAAUUGUCAGAAUGCAAAUUUUAGUUAAAUGAUUAUCAACUUUAAUACUUAAAUGUCUUCUUCAACAGCAUGUUACUACGAAAAGUAAAUCAUGCACUUAGGAAUGUGUUUUAAAUGGUUAAAACGCUGCCUUUUAUAGUUUCUAACAAACAAAAAAAAUACUAACUCAGCAAAAUGGUCUCAACAAACUAUAAUCAUUCAAGUCAACAAUAAUAAGUGAUGACUUUUCCUGACAAAUAUCCCUUUAAAGGAUUCCAUACUUUUAUAACAAACUAAGCAAACAACUGAAUUUCAGAGGAACAUGAGUAGUUUCCACAACUCAUUAGUCUAAUAGUAUGAAAGCAUUUUAGUUUAUUUUCAAAUCGAGUUGUUGGUUUCAAUGAACUAAAAACACUCACAUAUAUGACUGGUUCUGAUUCAAUGGCAAACCAGUUGGAGUUAUAGUAAAUUUCUAACCUAAUGAAAUUAGGUAUGGAACCAGAACCCUAGUGAUAUUUUUACAAAAAACACUGUACAAUUUAAUUCUUCAUUUACUCGAAUCCUUAAGCGAAUAAUAGUGGUCCUUUAAAUGUAUUAUCAUCUGUCAACUAGUCUAACUAUUUAAUGUAACGUUUAUCUGGUCCUUGGUGCUGAUAAAAUUCCGUCGGUCAAGUUGCAAUAUGGUUACUUAUCGAGGUGACCCCACAUUACAUACACUAUGUUUUUGGCUACUAUUUGGUGAUCAAUAAGUAUGAAUGCUUUUUGGAUGAGUGACAGAACGAAACCUACUUCGAAUAGGGUUUCCUAUCAACAACAUCCAACCACUAAACAUUGUGUUUGUGGUGAAGUUCCGUUCUCUGAACUGUAUAGUUUACUCGUGGAGGCUUCGUUGUACUUCUGAACAACAAUGAAGGCAUUACGACUAGAUCAUCCAGUUCAGAGGACGAGACUCCAUCAAAAUUAUCCACCUGAGCUAUAAAUUUUCUAAACCAUUGUGAUUAUUCAUUAUUUCAACUACACGGAUGAUUGACCGAUCAACUGAUUGGUUAGCUGACUGAAUACAAGUGAUUCCUUCACGUUAUGCAUCCAUUCUUGACUUUUUUAUCUUUAUUUAUAUAUUUCAGCUACACGAAGGUCAUUCAUGUGCCUACUUACCAUGGGGUGGUAAGGAAUAUUCAGUCAAUGAAUAUGAUGUACUUGUGUGGCAGAAACAUUGAGAUUUAAAUUUUUAAAUGCAGUUUUGUACCGGAGACAUCAUUAGCUUCAUACAUCAGAUGUUCUUUUCUUUUUUACCAUGCCAUUUUUUGUUUGUAAUCUUUGAAAAUGUGUGAAAAUAAUACAUCUUAACACAGUAUUAAUCUAUUAUCUUAUUACUGAACCUACUGAUGAAUCGUGAUAUCCGGGGAAACGAAUGCGAAGCCUUUGGUUAGAGCACACAUAUACGAUAUUUAUUUGAUAUUUAAUAAAAGCAAAUUUAUUCUAGU